AUGAAUACUUAUCUGUUUGUUGUGUUUGUAGGCGACGUAAAAUCCUCAAAGUCUGCUUCCAGGUUUAGCGUGAGUGAUCUUCAAGAGUAUGCCUCCUCAAGGUCUCUCAAAGAGGAGCUAACUGCAAGCCCAAGCAUCCUGUUUCCUAAGAGCAUGAGCACAAGGGGCAAGGGUGCCAAAAAGAGAAAGACUGUUGAGCCCACUAAAGGCCUCCCUCUCAUAGAACGUCCGCUUCAGGAAUACGUCUCUGAGAAAUUUGUUGAGGUUCAGAUCCUCCUUGAUCAACAUCUGGCAAAAGCCGAGCAGAAAAACCUGGAUUUCCAGCAGAUGUUCCUUGCCAAAGAUAAAAAGAUCUCUUCCCUUAAAAAAGAGAUAAACCUACUGCAGAAGGAAUUGGUCCUUGCUCAGAUCACAGCCUAGCAAGAGAAGGCAGAAGUCAUGGAUGGGGCUAAGCUUUCCACUACUAUCGCCAUGUUGAAGAUCAAGCUGCAAAUGGCUAAGGAGGCUGAGGAUCCUGCCUUUGACAGUUCUGAAUGGGACCAAGAGGCUUGGAAGCAGAGGCUAGUUGAGCUGGAUGAUGAGGAUGAAUCCGAGGGGGCAGCAGCUGGUGAAGCCAGAGGCAGUGGGUUGAAGGAUCCUGAGGUAGCAACUGGUGGUGAUGGCAAAGGUGAUGGAGACAAGGCGGUAGAGGCAGCGAAGGUGUAAGCUGCAUCAAUGGGCGAUGAUGGAUAUUUCUAGACACGGCCGGAGCCCAUUUUUUAUGGUUUUAGUUUUUGGUUGUUGUGUUUCAAACAAUGAUGGUGUGUAACUAAACAAUAGUAUUUAGGUUUAAGGAUCAUGGAUCCUUGGGACAAUAGGGGGGUAACAAAGGUGGAUGGGUCCUUCUGUUUGCGUAGGAUGAAGCAUUUGAUGCCCCUCAUCUUUUAAUUUCCUGCACUUAUCGAACAUUUAGAACAUGGACACCCUUUGCCUACC